AUGGCGACGGUGCCACCCAGCAGAUCAAGAGACCUCGACAAGCUCCUCCUCCGGCCUGGGCACCUUGUCGGGCCUAACUUUGAGCCCGGCCCGGAAUUGAGAGAUGACAUAAAGGAGUAUGUGAAAGUUUUGGUAGUAGGCGCAGGCGGGCUUGGAUGCGAAUUGUUGAAAGACUUGGCUUUAUCCGGUUUCCGAAACCUCGACGUCAUUGACAUGGAUCGCAUCGAAGUAACCAAUCUUAAUCGCCAGUUUUUAUUCAGGCUUGAAGAUGUAGGAAAGCCAAAGGCUGAAGUUGCUGCAAAAAGAGUGAUGGAAAGAGUUAGUGGAGUGAAUAUCACGUCACAUUUCUGUCGCAUUGAGGACAAACCAUUGGAUUUCUAUAGCGAUUUCAGCAUAAUCGUCCUUGGUCUUGAUUCCAUUGAGGCUCGAAGCUACAUAAAUGCCGUGGCUUGUGGCUUUCUAGAGUAUGACUCUGGUGAUAAUCCAAGGGAAGAAACCGUCAAGCCUAUGGUGGAUGGUGGAACUGAAGGAUUCAAGGGCCAUGCCAGGAUUAUAGUGCCAGGAACAACACCUUGUUUCGAGUGUACCAUUUGGCUCUUUCCACCACAAGUAAAAUUUCCUUUAUGUACUCUUGCAGAAACUCCUAGAACUGCUGCUCAUUGUAUUGAAUAUGCCCAUUUGAUUAAAUGGGAUGAGGUCCACAGUGGCAAAACUUUUGAUCCAGAUAACCCCGAACAUAUACAGUGGGUUUAUUAUGAGGCUCUUAAGAGGGCUGAGCUUUUUGGAAUUCAAGGAGUUACAUUUUCUUUGACUCAGGGAGUCGUGAAAAAUAUCAUUCCUGCUAUAGCAUCCACUAAUGCGAUUAUCUCAGCUGCCUGUGCUUUGGAAACCUUGAAGAUUGUUUCUGGGUGCAGCAGGACAUUAUCAAAUUACUUAACAUACAAUGGAGUUGAAGGUCUCCACACCAAAGUUACGGAGUUUGUCAGAGACAGAGACUGUCUUGUUUGUGGUCCUGGUGUUCUUAUUGAGCUCGAUACUUCCAUUACCUUGAGAAAGUUCAUCGAUCUGCUCGAAGGUCAUCCCGGGCUGCUCCUUAGUAGAGUAAGUGUUACUCACCGAGGGAAGAAUUUGUACAUGCAAGCGCCUCCAGUACUAGAAGAGAUGACUCGAUCAAAUCUUGAUAUACCAUUGUUUGAUCUGAUGGUUAAAAUUCCCAAGGAUAUUGUCCAUGUUAAUGGCAUGGUCGGUAAAGGUGACAAGAAACAGUCGUGUUUGAGGAAAUUACGCGUCGUUUUCAAGGGGAUCGAUGGAGUUACAGAUGUGGAUAUGGCCGGUGGAGCGUAA